ACAAGGUGCACUGUGUGCACAUGGUGUAACAUUUUAAUGUCACUGAUAUAAAUUCAUUGUAUCAGUUGUCAUAAACAAAAUUCGUUCUGGAUGUAACAUAUUUGUGAACUUUACAUACAAAAUUCAACAAUUUCGAAAACAAUGUCUGGUUUCUCUUUCGGCACACCAAAAACAACUACAAUUUCAACAGGUUUUAGUUUCGGAACUCCUAUUGUUUCAACUGCGGCCUCAAGCUUUGGUUUUGGGACAACUACAACAAAUGCGGUUCCACUUAAUUUCGGACCACCAACAACACAGGCAACAAGUUUCGGAAGUGCCAGUUCAACACAAACAACAGGCCUUACGUUUGGCGCGCCAACAUCGUCAGCCAUACCACAUGGAACUACUAUUAUCCCAUCAAUGGGAUUUGGAACUACUGCAUCAUCAUCUGGAUUCGGUACUCCACCCGUAAGUGGAUUUGGUGUUGGUUCUGCUUCAACAAUCGGGUUCGGUGUUGGUCCUGCUCCAGCAGCAACUGCUACAGGCUCCACCUUAAGUACAUCAGCUGCGGCUACUAACACAGCUGCCACAUUAAACUUCGGUAUUACACCCACAACUACUACUGCAGCCUCGUCUUUUGCUCUUAGUCAACCCAAUACAAGCCAAACAAAAACAUCAAACGUACCCACUUUUGGUAUAGGUGGCGGAUCAUUCGCAUCCGCCAAACCUACUAGUACAACUACAGCAGCAGCUCUUAAUUUUGGUACAUCCACAACGACACUAUCAGUACCGUCGAACUUAUUUGGUAAAGCUGCUGUAGGGAUUACCGUUCCUGUUACUGCUUCAACCACAUUUGUUGGUUUAGGUGGCCUUGAUGUGAGUGCUACGCAACCUAAGCCCGGUGAUAUUAAGCAGGACAUUAAGGUUAAAGAGACCCAAGUGCCAGAUAUGAUUGCAAAAAUAGCAGACGAUUUAAAAAUCCACAUUAAAUCCCAAAAGACUAUUUCUUCUGACGUAGGACGCACAUCUUCAUCUAAACUUACUAAUGUAACCACAGAGAUAUCUAAUUUGCAGUGGAACUUACAAGAAAUUUCGAAUGGUGUUGAAAGCAACUACAACCUUAUAAAACUUUUACGAAAAGAAACAACAAAAAAUAUUCAAGCUAUGGAAAUGGCACAACGGACACAAGACACACCGUCAGGCUUACAGUUCGAAAACAACGUUCCAUUCCAAUACUUUCAGAAUUUAAUAGCUAAAUAUGAACAAGAUUUAAUAAAUUUUCGUCAACAAAUUUCUGAUACAGAGCAGCACAUGCGGUCCCUAGAAAAUCCACGCAUAAUUUCACCAGAAGACUUAAAACGAGGCUUUAAGCAUCUUAACGAGUGUUUUAUAUCCUUAGCAGGACGUCUGAAUGAGAAGCACCAAGAAGUGGAGACACAAAAGGAGCUAUAUUUAAAUUUAAGAAAAUAUCGCCUCAGGGACCCAACUAAUGUUUUCGCCAAACUCGACAAUCCAGAAAAGCAGGUUGACACUUCACGUAUAACUUCGGGCCCAACUCCAUUUUCAAACAUCGCCGCAAUCAAUAAUUUUAGUAAAUCCUACAACAGCUCUAAUACCAAUCCAACAGGGAAUAAUAUGGUGCACACUACCUAAAAAUUAUUCAGUUUUUCAAAAAUGAUUUGAAUAAAGAAAGACGUUAUUUCAUAAUUUAA